AUGUCUUUAUUUGAUGAUGGUCCAAGGAAAAUGGAAAAUCACAGCAGCAUCAUGUUCCUGAAAAUACUAUUAUGUGACACGGAUGGUAGGAAUCACUCACCUGUGUCUCAAUUCAUUUUUGAGCCUUUAUCUGACACACACUCUAUAAAUAUCAUCCUAUUCUUGAUGGUUCUGGUUUUGUACCUUGUCACCCUGAUGGGAAACAUCUUGAUCAUAAUUGUUACUUGGACCGAUCCUGUUCUUCACUCUCCCAUGUAUUUCUUCCUAUGGAAUCUGUCUUUUCUAGAGAUUGGUUAUACUUCAACUAUAAUCCCCAAAAUGCUGUCAAACAUCCUGUCAGAAGACACGAGCAUUUCUUUCAUAGGCUGUGCCAUCCAGAUGUAUUUCUUUGGCUCCCUUGGAAUUGCGGAAUGUUGCUUGUUGGCUGCCAUGGCGUAUGAUCGCUAUGUGGCAAUAUGUCACCCUUUGCAUUAUGCAGUCAUCAUGAGCAGAACCAUGUGCCUGCAGAUCUCUCUGAUCUGCUGGCUCCUUGGGGUCCUGGUGGUUUUGGUGCCAGCAACUUUAAUAUUCACUCUUCCCUUCUGUGGACCCAACAAGAUCAACCACUUUUUCUGUGACCUUCCUCCGCUUCUGAGACUCGCCUGUGCAAACACUUUCAAAAUGGAGAUCAUCAUUUUCACCGUCACUGUACUCUUCAUACUGCUACCCUUUCUGCUUAUUCUGAUCUCCUACAUAUGUAUCCUCCAAAAUGUGCUGAAGAUGUCCUUCGCUACCAGCAGAAGCAAGGCCUUCUCCACUUGUUCAUCCCAUAUAUUGGUGGUCAUGUUCUUCUAUGGAUCAGCAGUUCUGACAUAUCUGAGACCUCAGUCUGCUUAUUCAGUUGAAACAGACAAAGUCCUCUCAUUUUUUUACACUGCUAUCUGUCCAGUGAUGAACCCUUUGAUCUACAGUCUCAGGAACAAAGAUGUGAAAGAUUCCCUGAAGAAGCUGAUGGGCAGAAAAAUACUGUUCUCUAGGAUGUAG